GAGUUUGUUGUGUUCACCUAUCGAUAACACUAAUAAAUAUUUCUGUCAAACCACAUCGCUAAACAACGGGACUGCUCUUGUUGUGUAACUGAAACGCGUAGAUUUAAUAAGCGCCCACAAUGUCAGCAUCCGCCGCCCGAGGUUCAACAUCGCUGCUGAAACGUGCCUGGAACGAGAUUCCCGACAUCGUCGGCGGCUCAGCCAUGGCCAUUGCAGGCCUCAUCAUGGCAGGCAUUGGCCUGACCAACUAUUACGCUAAGGAUGGUGACAAUCGUCGCUACAAAAUGGGAUAUGUGGUGUUCCGGCACGAUGAUCCACGCGCCCAGAAAGUGCGCGACGAUGACGACGAAUAAUCAUAUAAUUGUGUACCCUUUGUUUUCAUUCGCGCUGCCGCAAUACAAAAAAAAAAUAAUAGCUAAGUAAAACAAAUGUAUACAAAUA